GAAACGCCUGAAAAUUAAAUCAGGGAAGCUGCGUGAAGCGAUCGAUCAGCGGAUCAAGUGAAGGUGAUGAGAUCAACGGAACAACUAAGCUAUCAAUGUGCGUGAGGUAUGUGAACAGCCGUACGAGUUCGUUUGGCGGGCAUAGAACCAGCAGUUAUCGUUUACGUAGUACAGACCUGUACACAGGAGGGGAGGGGGCGUGUUCGACGUUACGCCAGCUCAGUGUUCUAAAACUUUGUAGAUUCCCACACCUCUUGAUUCGUACCUUGUUUGCUCAGGAAUUGGAUGAUACCGCAGGAACCCGCAUUGAGCCCGCGUUAUCUUUCAACGUGCAAAUGCCAGUGAUACAGUCACUCUUCCGCGCUAUCAGCGAGGCUCAGCUCGCGAUCCACCACCGUGACGAUGGUUUCAGAAGAAAGCACUCUGCUGGUGGCCACCGCGCAUGAAGCUAUUUAUGACAGAUUCGCGCCACAUAAGAAGAGGUGGAUCGUGUGUCUUGUUUCAUUUGUGGCUUUGUUGCCUAUGUUCGUCAAAGCAGCGUUCUUGCCUUCCAUCCCUCAGAUAGCUAAAGAUCUCGACUUGACGCAUGCUGUCGUCAGCCUGACCUUCAGUCUAUCGAUCUUGGCGAGUGCCGUCGGAUCAUUGGUUUGGGCUGCUUAUUCGUCUUUCUAUGGACGCCGAUCGAUAUAUUUGUUGGGGAUGCCGUUUGUAUGCGUCGGGAGCUGUGGCGUUGCAUUAUCGACUUCGUUGCAGAGUCUGUUAUUCUGGCAAUUCUUGCAGACGUUUGGAUGCGCUGGGGCGUUGUCGCUGGGGACUGGUGUGAUUGGUGACAUUUAUGAAUUGAGAGAGAGGGGAACUGUUAUCGGGGCAUUCUUUGGUGUCACACUUUUCGGGUACGCUGUUGCCCCAUUUGUGGGAGGUUUAGCGACACAGUAUUGGUCCUGGCGCAACUUGCACUACUGUCUUGGUGCAUGGGGCUUGCUCGAGAUGCUUCUGGUAUACCUUUCGUUUCCUGAGACGAGCCAUCCCGGCACACUGGGGAUUGAUAAAGUAGCGCGCAGGAGGUGGAUCCAUAUCACAUGGGUAAAUCCUCUGAGCAGUCUCUGGUUGCUUCGGAGUCCGAACCUAUUCGCGGUUAUGUUUGCGGCGACUCUGGUGCUCAUCAGUAGCUAUGUUCUCCUCCUACAGAUGGCGUAUACUGUUGGCAUCCGGUAUGGAAUCACGAACGAUGCCAUCAUCGGGGCAUGUUUAUUCCCAAACGGACUAGGAAGCUUCACCGGAUCUCUGGUUGCUGGCCGCCUAUCGGACAUUGUAGUCAGAAAAUGGCAGGAGAAGCGCAGAGGAGUGUGGUGUCCUGAAGACCGCUUGAGAGCAACGUGGAUCGGAGGGCUGAUCAUGGUCCCAUUAUCUAUUGGGGCAUCGGGGCUGAUCACGACAUAUAUUGAGGGCUCGAUCGGCCUUGCGCUGAAUAUAUUGUGUCUUUAUGUGAAUGGAGUGGGGGUCGACUCGGUGUUGAGUCCCAUUAGUUCUUAUAAUGUGGAUGUGGUGCAUUCUAGAAGCGCAGAGGCCGCAGCUGCUCACAUGGCGAGCAGGUGGCUCGUUAUAUCUGCUGUGACUGCCCUUGUCAUUCCAUCCAUUGAGCGCAUAGGUGUUGCGUGGACGAACAUCAUCAUGGCUAUCCUUGCGGUCAUUGGACAAGGGAUCAUUUACUUGACGAUUCGUUAUGGCGAUCGCAUGAGGGCAAGCGUGGAUGUUGGUUUCUCGACCAUGGAGAAUAAUUGA